GGGCGCGUUCCACUUCGACGCCCUUGCGAAGACGGCGCAGCAGCUCCAGGACGAACGACAUGGCAAUGAGGAGUCGAAGGACGCGGAGCGUUUCCUGCGUCUCUUGGACGUGGAGUCAUGCCUCACCUUCGCUAUGCUGGCUGACGCUAGCGUUGAGAACCUUGCUCUGACUAGGAUGGCCGAGACUGCCGGGGCGUCGACCAUCGACGCGUGGAGGCUAGCGGUCGAGGCCAUGACCCGCACCCGGCGCAUUGCGAUGGCGCACCCUUCAGACGCCUUGAUGGCGUGCUUGGUGCGAUUCGGUGGAUAUGGGCAAAGCUCGUCCAGCGUGGAGCGGCUGUUCGCCAAGGGCCACAUCACGGCCGGUUUCUGCCGGGCCGAUCUCUCCGAGCAGCUCAUCAACGACGAGUUGUUUAUCAUUUGCGACGUGGAUCCCAAGUUGGACAAUGAACUCUGCGAGGCUGCCCGGGCCAUCUGGCGGGAGGUCUACAGGACCACUCGAACGAGCGACAGGCCUGCGCGAGUGGACGCCGGGCGGCCGCGACCAGUGUCAAGAGAAGACAAUAGUUUUAACUCUUUUUGGAAACGUCGGAGCAGCGCCAUCUCUGACGCAGCCAGCAGCUCCGAGGCGAGACACGCCAAGAUCGAGGGGAGGCUGUCGACUGAUACUGCUUCGUGGACGCCCGAAAACCAGGAAGAGGCCGACUUCCAGAAGGCCAAGCGCCUGAAGCAGCUCUUGAGCACGAGCGAGUUGAACAUAGACAAGGACAUGCCGCCCAACAUGCGCGAGGCUGCUCGUUUAUUCUCGCUGUAUCAAGACAAGCUGACUGAAGAGUACAUCAAUAAGAAACGAGCCGCCUCUCGAGCCGCCGACGACCCGGCCCUCCCUGUUUUAGCUGGCGCCAGUGUUUUCGUCGAGAAGAGUUUUCAGGGCAAGUUCAAG